AGAAAGGAUCCCGGGAGCAAAACGCCGGGCCCACGUGUUUUCCCCAACCUGAUCGAUUCUUAUACAUCUUCAAAGUUCAGGACCUCAAAUUUCGAAGCUUCGAGCUUUAACUCGGACCAACUUGAAUUUUGGACUUGAGGUGGUUGCUUCCGGCAUUCGCAAAGCUCUUUGAAGUAAAUCUUGCUGUCAUCUAUACAAUCCUUGGACUAGAACCACAAAUCACUACCACCAUCCGUCAACGUUCUAAUCGUCUUUGGAAAGAGCGUGUUUGAGUUCUCGAGGAAUUCACUGUUUGAACUCAGCUACCUCUUUUUGGAAAAAGACUCGGGUCGAGUCAUUUCCUAGUCUGAGAAUCAAUCAUGGCCAGUGAAAUGUUCAUUCCUCCUCUUGGAACACCGCAACCUUCUCCACGUAAUCCACCUGUCCUGCCUGGUGCGACUAGCGCUGCUCCACCCGCAUGGGCAAUGUCGCCAGCAACGGGAGGCCAAUACCCAAUGUUUAACAGUCCAAUGAGUGGCAAUCCUUUCAUUCCGCCACACUUUACUCCCGCUUCCGCCGCUCCGCCAAUGUUACCCAGAGGAACGCCAUAUAGUGCCGCUCAAUCCUUGCCACAUCCUGGGUACUCUGCUGAUUACACAGGAUAUCCACAACUCGCUCCGACACCUCAAUGGGGGCCGACACCUCUGUCUUCCGCCCAACCAUCGCCUUGGGCUCAACCUCAAAAUCUACAACAUUGGGGAAUGCCAAACUCUGCGCCAGUGAUGGGAACUCCUUGGCCGGGUAUGAAUAAUGUACUUCCAGGGGGACCGCCUCCACCCGGGAUGCCUCCACCUGGAAUGUCGCCUCAUGGUGCAUGGGGUAUGCCUCCGAUGAUGCACCAAGGAUUCGGUCCUCCGCAGAUGCAUAUGGGCCCGCCAAUGAUGCCUCCAGCCGCUGCUCCUAUGAUGGGGAUGAUGGGCGGCGGUUCAGGUCCUUGGGAUAUGUCCGGCAUGGGUCAAGCGUUACCUCAGCCUUCUGCGCCAUUACCCAGAGCAACGGGAGUCCUAGGCGACAGGAUGGAUGUCAUUGACGAGUUUGCCGCCGGUGCACAUUAUGGACCGGUCCUCCAACCAUUCCUUACUAGCGUCCUCAAAGUGGUUCCCAAGUUAAAUCCCCUCAUCAAACCUGCACCACUUGAAGUUGAUGACCCCGAUCAUGAUCAUCUUAAAUGGAACAUGCUCUGGGCGUCAAAUAUGGUUCAGCGGUCCAGCGACAGUCCACAAACGUCCUGGUCAAAUGGACGUGGCAGCCCGGCCACGUUUCCUCGUAUCACCUCCUUGCGACUUUUACCCAACUUACUUCCAUUCACAAUCGACGUCCUAGCUCGAAAUCCCGAUAUUGGCGUUACCUGCGGGGACGUCAUUGAUGCCAUAUCCGACUCGAUGCGCAAGCAUAGUGGACAGUCGGAUUUCGACAGCCUUCCUGCCGACCGAAAGCGAAAGGUGUCGGAAGCCUAUCGCCACAAUCGUAGUCGGGCACCUGGAGUACCCGGUGGAAGUCUUGGUGAUGGUUUACGCCGAAUGGACUUCUUAGGUACCGAAACCAUGUUUGGAGGGAUCAGGGAAGAUCCCACAGCUGUUAAGAGGAUUUGCGGAGAGGUGUUGCCGUGCACUUGGAUAUUGGAUUGUGCGACUCGAUAUCCAAUGACAAGGGAGGAGAUGGCAGCACACACUGCUAGAGAAGAGGCUCUGAGGCUAGAAGCGGAACAACGAGAGCAUGGGAGGGAGGAUGAGGCUCGUAGACGUAGUCGGAGAAGUAGCAGGGCCCCCACUGUUGUAAGUAUUUCCGAUGAGGGCGACACUGUGCGAGGUUGAAUGGACCUGAUAUUUAUCCAUUCCCUUAUUCGACUCGAGGUCAUUGUUUCCAGCUCUGUGUAUAUAUGCUGUGCUUCUCUAUGUGUCGCUUCUGUACUUUGCCUUC